CCGACUACCGGGCCAGCAUGUACUUCGACCGGUUCCUGCAGUGGAAGUACCUGGAGAGGCAGGCUGUCACCAAGGACACCUUCCGGCAGUACCGGAUCCUGGGCAAGGGCGGGUUCGGAGAGGUGUGUGCCUGCCAGGUGCGGGCCACGGGCAAGAUGUACGCCUGCAAGAAACUGGAGAAGAAGCGGAUCAAGAAGCGGAAAGGGGAGGCGAUGGCCCUGAACGAGAAGCAGAUCCUGGAGAAGGUCAACAGCCGGUUCGUGGUGAGCCUGGCCUACGCCUACGAGACGAAGGACGCUCUGUGCCUGGUGCUGACCAUCAUGAACGGGGGAGACCUCAAGUUCCACAUCUACAACAUGGGGAACCCCGGCUUUGAGGACAAGCGCGUGGCCUUCUACGCAGCAGAGAUCUGCUGUGGGCUCCAGCACCUGCACCAGGAGGGCAUCGUCUACAGGGACCUGAAGCCGGAGAAUAUCCUGCUGGAUGACGAUGGCCACAUCAGGAUCUCUGACCUGGGGCUGGCUGUCAAGAUCCCCGAGGGUGAGACCAUCCGUGGCCGCGUGGGCACCGUUGGCUACAUGGGUGAGCGUGAGGGCUGCACUGGUGGGCUGGACCAGGGUCCUUGUGUGGCACCGUGCCCGGGUGCUGACAGCUGGGGGCUGUGCCCCACAGCCCCGGAGGUGAUCAGCAACGAGCGCUACACCUUCAGCCCCGACUGGUGGGGCCUGGGCUGCCUGGUGUACGAGAUGAUCGAGGGGCAGUCGCCCUUCCGCGCCCGCAAGGAGCGGGUGAAGCGGGAGGAGGUGGAGAAGCGGGUGCAGGAGGAGCAGGAGCUCUACUCGGACAAGUUCAGCGAGGACGCUCAGGCCAUCUGCAAGUUGCUCCUGGCCAAGGACCCCGGGGUGCGGCUGGGCUGCGGGGCCGGCGGGGCAGCCGAGGUGAAGCGACAUCCCUUCUUCAGGACCAUCAACUUCAAGCGGCUGGAGGCCGGAAUCAUGACCCCCCCUUUCGUGCCGGACCCGCGGGCGGUUUAUUGCAAGGACGUGCUGGACAUCGAGCAGUUCUCCACGGUGAAGGGCGUCAACUUGGACCAAACCGACAGUGAUUUCUACGCCAAAUUCGCCACGGGCAGCGUCUCCAUCCCCUGGCAGAACGAGAUGAUCGAGACCGAGUGUUUCAAGGACCUCAACGUGUUUGGGCCCAGCGGGACCCGCUCCCCCGACCUGGACUGGCAGCGGCUGCCCGAGCCCCCCAAGCGCAGCCUCUUGCAGCGGCUCUUCCGGCGACACCCAGCUGACUACACCAUUGGCACCUCUGUCCACCCCCCCAGCCCAGCUGCUGUGAACUCGCACCCUCCUGCGGCCAAAUCCUCCUGCCAGGCACCAGCACCGGCACUGUCUUGACCCCUCAGGGGGCCCCCAGCCCCCGUGUGCCCUCUCAGGGUUAUCCUGGAGCAGCUCUGGGGCCGGGGGCUCCGGGGAUGCUCACGGAGGGGAGGGGGAUGCUGGCA